UUUUUCAUGGCAUUUUAAGAAGAAAGCAUGACUACUUGGAACUAUCCAAACAUACCAACAGCUUUGAGUUCUCUCUGAUGGACCUUACAGUGAGGACCCUGUCUUCAUACAAAAGUUAACUCAAGAGUGGAAUUGAUGAAUCUGAUAAGUUUGUAUCCUGGCUAAAGUGACAGAAGCAAUUCAAGGAUGAGCUUAGAUUAUACAUCUACAGAUAUGUCAUAACAAUAAAUGAACAGUGAGGGACUUUCCCCACAGAGCGAGACCUUUUAUUAUGAGGAGAACUGAAGGGAAAUCUUUGUCAGGUUUCAGAUUGCCUUCACUCAGUCUGCCUGACAUAUCAACAGCAGCCAGUGACAACUCAUUGAAGGGCAGCGUUGCUGCAGGAAAACCGUUGGUAGGCAAACCAAUCAUGCCAGAGAGUUUGGAGGUGAACACGGCCAGGAGGAAAGCGUCUGUAAGCGAGGAGGAUUGGUCGUCACAACACUUUCUAUCCAACCAGCACAGGGUGGGGUCUUGGAAUACAUCUCUUGAUUCGGUCACAGUUCGUCCGGUCUCGCCAAAAAUCUUCAGUCUAUGCAGCAAGUUUGUAAGCUCUAGUGAUAACAAUGAGUUAUCAACUGACUCAAAGGAUCAGCUUGCCAUCCACAACUCAAGAGCUCGAUCAAAAUCCUUCACUCUUGCCUCAAUCUCUGAUGACCAAAAGUCUUCUGAACAGCUCUCAUCAUUGUUUAUUAGACGUUCUAGCAGUCCGAAGCCACUAAAGAUCAACCUUGCUCCCCCUGAAAUAUACUCUAUAGAUCCAGAGAGUGGAGGCCUGUUCCCUAAACAACUCUUAUCACCAAGUACAAGUCCAAGUAGCGGUUAUGGUAGUGGGUUCAAUUCAAGUAGUCCCGUCUGCAUGAGCCCCCGUAGUCAUUCGCCAACUCUGGAAUCCCAGCUGCAGAGAGAACCUAGUGAUGAGAAAUCGUCUUUGUCUGUUGUACCUCAGGAGCAAACAAGGACUCGUAGGAGCAUCAGUCAUGAUAGUGGCGUUUCAAGACUCUCUGUUGAAUCACCCUCCUGUGUAGGGCGUUCAUCAAGUGAAGAGGAGCCUUGUCCUGAAAGCCGCAGCAAAGUAAGGAGUAUGCAUUCUCAUUGUGGAGGAAACUUUACGAUACAGGUCCCCAAACCUGUGCGACCGCAGUUGGUCAAAACCAAGCCAGUAUUUCAUCUCUAUCCCCCUGGUAGCCCUACCAAUGCGACUGUUCAGCCUGAGAUAUUGUCACCAGAUGAGGGCUUCCAGGAUCUUCGGCUCCCCCUUGAACAACCUUCAUCUAGUGUGCCUACAUCUCAUCCUCCACCUCCCCUUAGUCCUGCUCAUGCUGACAUCAAAAGGACAGAACUCAGAGUUCGACUGAACCCCCCUGGUAGUCCUCUGCCAACCCGAAUACAUGAGACCAUCCCCGGUCUCAGUAGACGCUUCUCAGAACAAGGGAUUCUUGACCAAGAUGGGGAUGAAAAACCCCUUUCAAGUGCCACUUGUACAGAGGAACAAAGAGUGCCUUCUUCACCAACUGAAUCGAAGCCUUUUAUAAAGAGUGAUACAGUGCCUCCAGCUCUUGUUAUUGAAAUGUGCGAGACACCACCUCGUUCGGAGCAGUCCUCGCCACCACCCGGUGCUUUCAAUUCAAACUCAGGAUCCAACUUGAACAGACCUUAUCAAUUCCUUACCCUAGCCGACAUUGAGUCUGGCACAUUACAUAGGAAACUCUCAACAGACAGUACACUCUCCUCUUUUAGUCAAGCCUCAACGGAUGAUGAUUUGGAUGACCACCUCUCUAUAGCAGUAGCAGAGAGUGCACCUCUACCUACUUCGGCCAAGGCUCCUUUCACAGCUGCAGGGAAAAGGGCUCAGUUCAGCAGUGUAAGUAUAUCAUCUGACACACUUGCAUUUUCCUGUGAAAACUUCUCCCCUUGAAAUCAUUCCUACAUUUCCUUUACAUGUGUGCUCAAUUAAGUAUGAUUUGAUCUCCCUGAUGUUUGCAUGAACUUGCGUGUGUAAAGAUAAAGACCUAUAUCGAUCUGCUUCUAAUCGGGUUUAUGACUUCACUUAAUGGUACCAUCGUAUGGUGUUGCCAUGGUUACCAGGUUUAAAUGUCGAGCCUAUAAUCGCAGGCUCUGUUCAAAUCUGUUUUGGCUAAAGAUUGCUUUGACAUAAAAGAAGUAUUUCCAUCAGUUGUGAACCAGGUUCAUCAAUUGAAUGCUUUGGUGAAAAAAAAUAACAGAAUCACUGUUUUCUCUUCUUUGAUUUUUUUUUCUUGAAAGGCAAGGGUUUGGAUGAAUUAAUGAAUAUUAUUAAGCUGAACAAGAAACCUUAUACAAGUACUAAUACUAGAUGGUGGUCAAGGUUAUAUUAUGAUUAUUCUUAUGAAAUCAAUUUAUAAUUUUAAUUUUUAUGUCUACUAUUAGUAUUACUACCAAUGCUCGGAUAUAGCGCAGGUCAACCCAACCUCCAAUCUUGAAUUGACUGAUGAACAAACAUGAUACAUUUUUUAAAAUGAAGAUUAUGAAAGAAUUCAUAAAUCUCCUGCAGAAAUUAUUACAUGAUGAUAUCAGUAGAACUCCUAGUAAUGAAAGGAAAUACAUUUGGAAAUUAUUACCAAUCAAUGAAGCAUUUAACAUGACAACAUUAUAUUGCUAUACUGCAUCAUAAACAUGGAAUAUCUCGGAAAGACCAUAUCCUUCCCCCCCCAUGCACUUGCCUAGAAUAAUAUCCAUUCUGUUAACCAUGUGAUCUCUGCAAUUAUAUUUUAUUACCUAUAUAUUGAUACAACAUAUUGUGUUGUAAGUGAAGAUCACUUUUGAGAGGAAAAAUCUGCAUAAAUGGUGUAUUUCCCUACUCGAUGUCAUUGUAUUGUCUCUAUCAAAGCCUCCCUUUUACACAACCGUGGAGGCAUUUGAUGUGAUUAAUUCAGCUCAGUUGGGUCACACCUGAGAUAAAUUGAUUGUAUCGUUUGAAGUUUCCUUCCGCUCUGUAUCAAUGAACUACACACCCCCAAAGUUCAUGUGUUGCAAUGAUAAAUGAGGUCCUGCAUGAAGCUAUUAUGACUGUAUAUAUUGAUAUUUUUAUUACAUUUCUGCUUCUAAUUCUCCUAUUGCUGCAUGGUCCUCUGCUCUUCCUCCCCAUCCUAUAUGUACUACUACAUGUAUGUACUUCUACUAUAGUAUAAAUACUACUCCUAUUGUAUCCCUUUCAUAGUACCGCACUUUUCCCCAGUGAACGUUGCCUGCGAAGUUCGCCAGCAAAGGGAAAAGUGUAGUUAUUACUGUAGAUGCUACUUCUAUGUGAAAAAAAUCUUAUAUGAUAUUUUUUUACCAUUUGAUAUGUGUUUUAUCUUUUGACAGUUGCAACUUAUGUUACUUCUGUUCCUCCUACUACUUCUUCCACAUUUUCUUAGUUUUUUUUCUCUAAUAUUCUGAUAUUUUACCUUAAGUUAGAAAUAUUUUUAGUGGUCAUUUUAUAGGUAAAGAGAUUGAACUUGGUGUUGAUAUCUUGCCGAACUGAUGCACAACUAUUUUUAAUGCAUUGCUGUAUUAAAAAGCCUGUAAAGGUUAAUUUAUUGAUUUUCAAUAAAAGAGAUCAUAAUCUACAAAACUACUGUAUACACUUUGUCCAUUCCAUGUUUCACUUACCCUUUUGAGAUACCAUCUUCCUGAAGGGUGUGUCUUUUGCGAUGCUACCCAUUUGAAAUUGCCCUGUUAAUGGUCCUUAUAAUUGGACUCAACCUUUAAUGCAUCAUGUCAUUGUGCUUCAUAGAGAAAUAGUGAUUAAAUCAAUGCACUUUUCCCCUGCAUAUCAUCUUUGAACAUAUUCAAAAUCACAAUUUGCAGUUGGCUUGUAAAAUGACGGCCAUUCCAAGAGUGUGUUUAUACUUUUAAAUGCAAAAAAGCAUGUUACAACAAGAUGUAGAAAAUGUAUCCAAACUAGGCUCCUUGUUGCAUCCUAAUGCUGCAUGUACCCAAGGUGAUAUGUUUUUCAAGAAACAUUUUCUUGGGUGUGCCAUUAACAUUUUUGAUUGGCAGCAAGACAGGAUGCAUAAUGCAACUAUGUUUCUAAAUAAUGCCUUUUUUAAUUUCACAGCAUGAAAAAUGUUGGCAUAAACAAAAUAUUAAAACAACUUUUGAUGUAUUUGUUUCACUUUAUAUGGUUGGCAUUUAUACAGAAAAUGAGAAAGGAUGCAUUGCAUCAUGCAACCUAGUUUCUAAAUUAUGACUUUUAAUUUGUAUGGCAUCAAAGAGUUGGCAUAAACAUGUACUCUUUUUUUAUUUAAACUAAAUUGUGUUUAUUUGUUUUACUUUAUGGCCUCCAGAGCAAGCAAUGCAUUGAGGAAAUGAAUAGAGUAUAUACAAUCUGUUGAUUUGGUUGUAAACAUCAAAAGAUUUUCCUCCCUUUUCAAUCAUGUGAACCGGCCAAUUAACUGUAAAGGUUUCUGAGUAAAUGCCUACAUAGUUUGAUCAGUCAGUUACAUCUCUUUACAAUAAUAUUGUUAUUUGGAAUUCUUUUGGGGGGCAAUUUUUAAUGGAGGAUUGCCCAAAAGAAGGCCUUUAUUCAAGCGCAGUGAUUUUGAAGAAAGUGGUGUUGAAUAUAUUAUUUAUGCCCAGCAGAUCUAGUUGUGGUGAAAGGGUUAUUUUGUUUAAUACAUGUAGGUUUUAUGGUUUUCAUAACUUAUUAGGUUUUACUGAAUGUUUUAACAAUUUUGAACUUGGGUUCUACAUGGUGUGUAGGGACAGUGAUUUUUCUUAACAAUGUAACAAUUCCGUUUACCGUAACCAUUGAAUAGCAAUAUCACAACACUCGCAUUGGUCAAAAUUUGUUGCAUCUGCCAUUGUACCAACAACGCAACAGAAUCCGUUGAAAUCUGAUCUAUGUGGGUACACAACAUAUUUUGACAAACACAUUUGACAUGAAUACAUCCUCACCUUUCACAAUAUUAGCAUUAUCUUAUGGUUAAAUGAAAUUUUAUCGAUAAUUUGGGGGGUUUUUUUAUUGUGUUGAUUCUGAAAUGUAGAAAUAUUCUAUACUCACUUCUAGCUUUUACAAUGAACAUUGAUCUCCUUACAUAGUUGAAGAAAUUUUUGGGAAAAAUGUUCAUUUUUGUUUUGUAAGUCAUCUCCCAGCUUGUAUUUUACAAAGUAACAUCUAGAGGCAAGGCAUAUAAGAUGUGUACAAUGAGAGGGUGAAUGAAUACAAUAGAAACAGAUCUGUGCAUAAGUGCAGUUCAUCAUGACAUCCAGAAUAUUCUUGCUUCAAAAAUAAUUAUUUGUAAGUAUAGAUUGGAAAGACUGAGAUUUGAUUAAAAACUGAAUACUUUAUUUUUUUCUAGUGACUACCCAACAGUUGGCAUUAGAACAAAAAGAAGAGAACUUGUAUAUUAUACAAUUUCAUCCUUUUUAAUGACUCUUCAUCAAAAGUGGUUUGUGACGCUUUUAAUUUGUGCUGAGUGCAAAUUUGAUUAGUUAUUCCUCGACAGAAAUUAAGGUACACUUCAUGGUAGUGACUACAGGUAGCUAGUGAAUGGCUGGUGGCUUUCCAAAUAAGCAAUUGCAAGCGAGUAAAUAGCACAUGCUCACUAAUAGAUUGAUUAAUUAUUUUUUCUCUGCAUGCCUAUUACCAGCUUAUAAAGCUAUCCUUUCAAUUUCUAUAUGUAUGAGAGUUAUUAGAAAAUAAAAGCAAUAAUCCAUCAUUCGGACUGGAAAAAGAUAUUGUAAAUUGAUAGUAAUAAUUGGUGUAUUGCAUUGACAUUUGAUUUCAAAGUCAAUAACCUGCUAUAGUGUUCAGAUAAGAUACAAAGUGUUGUGAUGGAGUUGUGUUUUCAAUGUAUUUCUUGGUAGAAUAGUCCAUAUAGUGACGUUGUUACUUUAAAAAGGCAGUAAAGUUCUUCACUUUCUUGAUAUUUUGUUUUGAUCUUGCAAACAUAUUUUCUGUUUUAAAAGUAAAUUCAACACUUAAUUUCUAACAUCCUGAUAAAAAAAUCCCAUAAAUGAGGGAUGGAUAUGGAUAGGGAAAGGCCGAAGGUGCUCAUCAAUUCUCUGGUGCAUGUACAUUUACUGCCUUUCUCCGUAACUAUGAUUUAAAGUUAUUUUAAAGAGUGAAAAGAGAAUAUUUAUUUAAUCUUGUAAUUAUUUGCUCUCUUAUUCAGAUUCAGAUUGAUGAAAAAGAGGUAAGGGUUUAAAAAUAUAAUUUUCGUCUUUUCAGAAAUUUCAUUGCAAUAUCUAUUUGACCCAUUUACCCAUUUUUUUUUGCUUGUGAAACCUUUAUGCUUAUAUCAGCUUUGUCACAUAAAUACAUGAGGCUCAUAUGUUUUUUUUUAUGGACUUCUGAAAGUUGAGGAGCAGAUUGGUCUUAACUUUUAAUAGAGUGCUAUUUGAUUGCCAUGUCUGAACUUGAUUGAAAGGGGUAAAAAAAAGUAUAAAUGCAACAAUAAAAGUGAUUGGUUCUCCUCUUGCAAUUUGCUUAAUAAAUGUGCUUCCAUACAGUAAGCAAACCAACAAUUCACCAUGCACAUCAUCAGCAUUAGCUAUCAAAACUCUUUCAAAAAUACAUGUAGAAAUUCAUUUAUGGUCAUUAUGUACAUGUACGUCAUGUAUCAUAUUGCACCAUUUUGACAAGGUAAUUGAAUUUCAGCUACAAAAAAUGGUGACAUUAUGGUGCUCAAUUAGUCAGUGUUCAUCCGAAUGGUCAGGACUAUCAGUCAAUUUUGGUGAAAAAAAACAAUUUUGGGAUUUUUACAAAAAAAUGAAAGUACAAGUCCUAUUCUAUUCAUAACUAAAUUUCUAGGCAGCAAUUUAAGUUUAUGAGAUAUGAGGGGAUUUUUCAUGGCAAUGCCAUACAAUUUUUUUAUGAAAUGCGCAUCCCAAUGGAAACGUGUAUUGUAACAGAGCAAUACAACGUUUUGACUGAUCGCACGUAUUGAAAUCACGGUCAGUCAAACCGUUGUAUCGCUUUUUCCUUAUGGCAUUUUUGUACAGAGAAAAUCUAAGCUGCUCAAACCGAUUGCGAUUUUUACUCUGAUCUUUGGUUUUAUGUAAAUAUGAGGAUACCAAUGUCCAGCAAUUUAUUGUCUAUGUCUUUCCAACCAUGUAUUUUUCUAGCAAUGAAUAUGUUGUUAGGCUGGGAAAUUAAGUGUGAAAAAUGAAAAUUAUAGUCAAUUUUAAAGUCAAUUUUCUCGGAAAUGGUUUGCACCAUUGUAUGUGUGAUACAACGGUUCUGAUGAUGCUGAUGAAUUGUUUUUCAAGUUUUUAAUAAUCAUUUUUUAAUUGUGUUAAUCAAGUUCAUAGUGACACGUUGCUGAGUUUUUCAUUCCAUGUCUGAACCGUCAAGACAUUUAAAUGUCUUGAGGUAUACUAAUAAAAUUGAGACUGAAUAAAUGCACAUGCUGCCCAGUUUCUUCAUAAAGGGCAUGUUUACCAGUGAUAUAACCAGCACUCAUGAUAUUUCAGCAUAUAAUAGAGGUGAUGAAGAAUCAUUGACUGGCCACUUCUCUUAAAGAUCAUUGCCAUCUUCUCGCCUCCUCUUCAAUGUGCCACUCACCUCUCGCUUGCUACGUUUCCAAUAUGGAAUCAAUACAUUCACUCAACGUGAUGUCUUCUUCGAAAAAACAGUAAAUAGCAUUGGCAAGCAGGCAAGGUGAAUAUGAAUGUACAGUUACAAAGUAAAAUAAUUGUACCAUCACAAAAUGAAUUUUUUUAAAGAAUUGUUUCAAUUUUUUUUUUCUGCUGCUACUAUUACUACUCCCACUACACCUACUGCUUCCACUAUGUUUCAAAUGUGCUGCUAAUAGCAUUAGCAAUAUACAUCUUAUUAGAUUUGAUAACUUAUCUAGUUAACUAUUUUACAUGUAAUUGCAGAAAAAGAAUCUCCAAAUGAUUGGAAAACCUCUUUGUUUAAAAAAAAAUAUAUAUAUUACAGGUAGCUUGUAUGCGCACCUUAUUAUGAUGCAGAAUUUGUGCAGAUACUAUAAAUAGUAUGAAUUUGUCAAACCACAUAAGCAGGUAUGUGUAAUCAUUUAAGCUUCUGAAGUGCAGACUUUUCUCUGGUAGAUUACAUCACACACAAAUUUAAGCAAGUCAUAGACACCGUUCUCACUACUGUCCCAAAUUCAGUUUAGUGGAAACUAGUUAAACG